GAUCGGAACGAGUCGUACCUGGGCCAUCAGUCAACUGUCGUUGAGGCGUGAAGAGAACAAAAGGGGGCCUACCUCUCCACAGCGCAACAGGCGUGGAUAGAGCGGUGUUAUAAAAAGCAACUGGAGAGAGAGGGGAUAGCUUUGUUGCUGGCUGUUGCUUGCGGAUCCCUGGGGUGUACGUCACAAAGUGCUCCGGUCAAACGUCACGCUCAGCCGAGAACGAAAAGGAUGUGUGUGCUUGCUGAUGUGCGGUGUACAGUGUCGCGUUGUUGUUAGAUGACCCGCUGAGAGCGCCGAGCCUUUGCCCGCGCUUGCCACUGGGUCAUUAUGUGCGGUCUGAUGCUCCGCCGCGCUUGUGAGCGGCACGAUUGAAGAAGAACUGGUCGGUUUCGCGUGUAUCGUCGCCGGUUCUAAUGGCAAUAACCGCUGAAACACGGAGCGAUGUCAGCUUCGGAAAAGAAGGACGUUGUUUCGUCCGACCCGCCUGCCAACGGCUCCAAUUGCAACUGCGAGCCGCCCAAGGCGGUCAGACCAUCAGUGCGUACGGCUUUCAAGCAGCGCAAGUACACCAUUCUGGACGGUCUGUGCGUGCUUUGCUCGGUGGGCAGCUUUCUCUUCGACACCGGUUCGGACAUCUGGGUCGCUUACCGGCACUACAAUGACGGCAGUUACUGGUAUUUCGGCCUGACGGUGGCCUUUAUCAUGGUGCCCGCGACCAUCAUGAUGGGCUUUAGCUUUAGGUGGUAUCUACUCGAUCUCAAGCAGCACGGCAAGCACCCGUCCAAGUUGCAGUGGUUUGUGAGAACCGCUUUUCACUUGCUACAGUUGGGACAAGUUGUCAGGUAUGUGGACGCUCUCAUCUAUGGCCUUAAGAGCGCCCGCAGCAAGUCGGAGCAGCGGGAGUUCUACAGACGGAGCGCGGAGGAAGACGUCGACGCCAGCAUGCUGCGGCUCUUUGAGUGCUUCAUGGAGGCCACUCCGCAGCUGAUUCUGCAGAUCUGCAUUCUGGCCAGGGACUACCCACACCAGGAGGAAGACUUCUGGACAAUGGUGGCGCAGAAUGUGUCCAUCGUGACGUCCCUGGUGUCGGUGGCCUGGUCCCUGGCCUCGUACAACAAGUCGCUGCGGCUGGUCAUCGAGGACAAGGCCAACAUGCGGUGGCGUGGCGCGGCCGUCUACUUUCUCUGGCGCCUCUUCGUCAUCGUGCCCAGGGUGCUGGCCCUGGGGCUGUUUGCCUCGCUGUUCCCGCUUUACAUGUUCCUCGUCUGCGGCCUCCGCUGGCUCAUCAUGUCCGCCUGGAUCAUCUCGAUGAAGACGCAGUUUUAUGAGAACAGGGUGGAGGAGCUGGUGUACAACCUGGUGCUCGGUGUGGUGUUCAUCUUCUGCUACCUGAACCCGGUGGACACACCGACUAGGUUUCGCAUGUCUGCCUUCUACGUGGGCACUUUUCUUGAGAACACCAUCCUGCUGGGCGUCUUCUAUGCAUACAGUCCCUCGGACAUCUGGUACAAGGUUCCUGCGGUGCUCGGUGGUACCCUCUGCUUUUUCCUUGGCAUCACCUUCAUGGUGAUCUACUAUCUUCUCCUCCACCCUACGGGCAGCAUUCCGCUGGUGCUGCGUCGGAACCAGUGUCUUCCGCUGCCGCGGGCGCAGAUGCGCGAGGAGAUGCUCAAGACCGGCGCGCUCGAGAAAGACAUGGCCGGCCACCUCGAAUCUCUGACCACGCAGUCCCCGCCCAGUGAAGAUGACUGCAGUUGCUCCUGCGAGACUGACAGUAGCGCAGCACGUGACAGUCGCAAUAGAGUCGAUGUUUGACCGAGAGUACCGAUUAGGUCAGGGCCAAUCGCUGGCAGGUUUGUGUUGUAGGGUCACAGUAGUGGGAAGGUGGCUUUCUUUAAGAAGCUUAGGUGUCUAAUGGCAGGGCACAUCAAUGAGUCUUAAAGGGCUCUAUACGGGAAAAAAAAAAAAGCUCCCCCCUCCCCGUCCCUCCAUCGCAGAUACAAUGCCUAACCCUUCCAUCUUUUAUCAUUACAAAAGUGCAACUAGAACGGAGACGAAGAAAGAACACGAGCGCUUAUGUAAUCAUGAACUUAUACCAAGAUGCCCGAAUGGCAGUUAUCCUGUCUGUCCAUCUUGUCAAAAUGUCACCGCUGCAAAGGUCGACACAGAUGAAGUCGUACAGCUGAACCGAGAUAUAACAGACACAUAUGUGUAUAAUGAAUUAUUGGAUAUAAUGUAGUACAUGAAAACUUGUCUUGCUGCUAAUACUAUCGCAUGAAGAAACGUUUAUAACGAAUUUCGGAUAUAGCAAAUUUAUUUUUGUGUUAGGUGCAAGUUAGUUUCAGUGGUGUUUAGAGUUCUUUUGUCAUGAAAAAAAAACCAGAAAUAACAAAUAAUAAUACUAACACCAACAAGUACAGAACGUGCUGACUUGCAACUGUGACUUUGUCUUUAUUGACAUGGCUGAGCUUGAUUUGUUUUUGCUUCUUUAACAGGCGUGUGGCUUUUAGGGGCAAUUUUUGUGGGACUUACCCACAAAAAUUGGGUAAAUCCCACUACUUACCAUUGUUCCACUAAACGUGAAGAAGGCAGCAGCUAGCCCAACAAAUAGCCGAUGACGUAUCAGGAUUCAAUUGCAGAAAUUUGUUAAAUUCCGUCUCAAAAUUGGUUUCAAAUACCAAGUUUUCUCCUGUAAAGCAUACUUCGUAGCAUGUUGCAGUGUGUAACACGAAGAUAACUUACGGCAAAAUCACUGCUAAUUGGGCAAUGAGAGACAGAAGAAGAAGAAGAAGCACCUUAGGGUAAGCUUCAUUCCGACGCAGUUUUCCGACGACGUUAGUGGAGCUGAAACACCCUUUCCUACAUGCCCGGUUUCAGGCUUGGCACUCAUCAAAGAAAUCUCUCUCAAAACAAUGUGGCGAAUUAAUUCUUCUUAUUCUUUUUCUUCUUCUGUCUCUCAUUGCCCAUUAGCAGCAAUUUUGCUGUGGGAAACACAGGCGCACACUGCAUGCUUUGCCCCUGCCCAGGUUUCAUGUUAGUGGAGCUGAAACACCCUUCCCUACGUGCUUCGCCCCUCCCUAUUUUGUAUAGUGGGUUGGAGCUGUUCGUGCUGGGAAAAUAAUCAAACAAACAGACGCUAUUUUUCACCUCCUGAAAUAUUCCAGUCAGGCAUGUCUGUGCAGUGUCCACCACACUUCAAGAACACAUCGAGGAUGUAGUGGGAGUUAUUCUCUGUUUUUCUGGGGCGCCUAGCUGAGGAAUGUACAGUCGCGCUCAGUAUGACCUGCAACGUGAGAGCGCGUUGCCUCACGAGCUCAAAGGUUGUGCAUGGCUAUAAAUUGCCCUGAUUUCCACAAAUAGAUGAGAUUUUCUUAUUUGGGAUUUUACCCAAGUGAAGAACAGCCUAUAGCUGUGGAAAUAAAGGCUAGGUGGAACUCAUGGGUGAUCUUUUAGCUCUUGAGGCCAUGCGUUCCAGUUUUGCAAGUUAUAUUAAGCACGACUGUGCAUCGUGUUAUAUUUAGAAGUGCGGAGAACUUUACACUACAUUUCCUCCCGCCACUCCCGUCCCAUUUCGCUCUUCAAAUCGCCACAUGCUCAGCCACUAGACAACUAAGUCGUGCGGAAAAGCCACCUUGUCAGUGAGAUGCAGGACUGCAAGAAAAAUGUGAUAGUGCCAUAAAGUGAGGUGUGAAGCUGCCGAGUGCAUGAGUCUCGAGAGUGAAACAUUGCCCACUGGCACUUCGACAUGCGGUGCAGUCACCUACGACCACGACUUUCAAUUUAGUAACGGUCAUGCCGUUAAGGUUGCGGUAUAAUGGUUCGACUGGUCACCGUGUGGUGCGCUCUUUAUGAUGAUGGCCUUAUGUUUAUGUUCAGUCGACUGAUGGAAGAAGCUGAGUGUGUCUGUGCUGUUGAAGUUCUUUUCUGCUGUCUCUGCUUGGACCAGAGUUUCAGGCCAGGCGCUGCGUUUGAUGACGACAGCCUAGGAGCUGUAGAUAGUCUCCACAUGUCUCUGCCCUCUCGUACAACAGUCCGACGUGUCAUGGUCAGCACGUAUGGCCUCCCAGCUUUCUUAUAAUACCUCGCGAUCAUCAACCGCACGGAAUAUCAGCGUCUUACAACAGUAAGAAGUGGCGAGAUUGGCAUUAGUGAGCACGAGCAGACAAUCUCCAGUGGGAACACCAAUGCACGCAGUCUUCACGACUAAUUUCAUGACUGCAUAUGUAUUUGUUAUUUGUGAUGCCUUAUCGGACGCAGGCAUAUACUAAUGAGUUCCUUAGCUUUUUUAUCUGUUGUUGUUUAUCUAAUUCCACGAUGCAUGUGUGGUCCUGGCAGCACAAAAUAAAAAAUGGAAAGUUCUUUACAGAUGACGCUUUCAUACUUGUGCACAUGUUCUCCAUUGUGCAAUUCUUUUUUAUAGAAAGAAAAAUAUCUGUGAAGUGAUUCUUCUUGAAUAGGUGGAGUGAUUUUGAAGCGAUUUUAAAAAAGUGAUGAAAAUGUAUAUUUGAAAUCAGUGGAGAAGCAGAGGACACUUGCACUGAAGUCUAGCAUGUGUGCUUACUGUUGCCUGUCUUGCCGCUUCUUAUGGCCAUGACGCACUGAAGUGCUGCACGGUCAACUUCGUGCAGCGUUCUUAAACGUCUGGGACGCUGUAGUACUUCCCAACUCUGUGCCACUUCAGAAUCUGCUAGUUCAUGCUUUUAGGAACAUUAGUCACGCUAGAUAGCUUGUGAUUGUGCCUGGGAAUUCAACUUUUUGCACUGCACUGCACGUACCAAAACUCGCUCGCCACUCACUUUGUGUUUAAUGUGUGUAUUUCUUUUUCUUUUUAAUUUCCCAUCCUGAGUUCACUUGAGCACAGUGCCUUUUUCUCCCCUCCCACCACGUUUUAGUAAAACAAUCUUGUGCAGUUUUGGCUUAAAGACAUCCGUACGCUCAUUGCACGCACGUACAGUUGGCUGCAAAAGCUUAUGGGAUAUGGUACGCCACGUGAAAAAGUAAUUUUCAUGAAACCUGAGCGCAUAGCCUAAUAUUUAAUCUUUCAAUGUGUGCCCUUGCGACCUUUGUUAAAUGAUGCAUUAAAUUAAAUUCAUUUUAUUAGGAAGUGAUACCUUAAAAAGCUAAAAUUAGAACUUGCGGUACCUACAUUCAAUAACCGUUUGCAGCUGCCUGUACUUCGUGCUUUUGUAACGACUACAAAAGAACACCAGCCAACAUUGAAUACGUUUUGUGCACAUUUUUAUACGUGCUGAACUUGCCAAUGAAGUAAUUUCAACUGCUGAAGCAUGGAGACUGAGUUAGUGAUGGAGUGCAAAUAUUCAUAGAGUUCUGUACUGCAAGUAGGAAUUCGUUAUGUUGUGCUUGGAUUGUGUACUUGUUUGGAGUCCUUAACGUUGAGGCGGUGAUGAAUUCUUGAACAGCGCUGGAUGAUGUGCUUUAGACGCGUGUUGCUGAUUGUGUAUGACUGCGCGUAAUAUCUGCCGUUGCUUCGUCGUAAACAGCAAGCUUUCGUACAAGUUGUAAACUUAGUAGAGACAUGGAAAAUUUUUGGUGCAAGGCAGUAACCUCUGCAAAUGUGUGCUAGUACUUCGUGCUUUGAGACGACAGCUCUUAACUAAACAAUAGGCAGUAGUCUGUGCAGCUUAGUGAAAGCGUUAAAUUUCUUACAUAUUUCUGGGUGUUUCACACUCUAUUCAGGUUGAAUAUGUGUAUUGCUUCUUGAUAGUCCAAGGUGUAAAGCACUGAAACAUGUAAAUUAAUGAGACUAUAGGUGACAGCAAAGGUAUUAGGCACACAAUCUUUGUGAAGGACAUACAUUUCCUCAUGCUUUUGCCAUUCUGCCUAAAAUUAAGAUCAACAAUGCAGUAUCUCAUACGGGGAUGUAUUUGCUGCACCUUUGAGUUUGAAAGUUGAUAGAUGUGCAGCAAAAACAAGAAAUAUUGUUGUUUCUGAAAUCCCAAGCUCUGAAAACUUUUGCAUGUGGGAUCACAAUAUUUAUGAAGAUGAAAAUCUACGUAAAUGGCUCAUCACAUUACGUACUGAAAGGACAUUUUCUUAUUUUCACCACCCACUUGAGGUAGCUUUGAUAUCCGAAUGACACUGCAUCAUGUUGCUCUGAUGGCAGCUAUUGCAGAGAGAUUAAUGUUGCUUAAACAAACCUGUAUUGUGAUAACGUUUGGAGAAUUUCAGCAUACCAAUAUUGCUGUCUCAUUCACACCUGCCACCUUUGCGCACACUUACUAAGCUGUGACUGGUAUAUGGUCAACACAGCUUAGAACAUGCAGAAUGCACGUUGUGCAUGCGUGAAGUGUGCAUGCGUCGAGACGUUAGCAUUAAUAGUAGAGCAUUACAUGUAUGCUCAAAGUCUAUUUCGAGGCCAUCGAAGCCCGCAUAUAGCUAAUGUACACAUUUUUUCUUUUUGUUUCUUUUGAAGUUAUUGAAGCAACUUCCGACCUCACGCACUACAGCUGUGGAAGUACAGUUCAACGUCGAUGUAAUGUACUUUGAUGUAACGAUCUGUUUAUAUAACCGAGGAAAAGAAAUUGUGUUUGCCAUUAUCAGCUUGCAAUGAAUGCAUGUGUGCUGAUAACUGAUGUUGGAUAUGAAUAUGCUUUCGCGUUAUGUGUGACCAUGUUGGAACAAGAUUCAAUUCAGUUCGUGCUGGAUCCUUGCUUGCAAAGGGCAACUUGCAACGCAUUCGGGUAGUUAGGUGACGUGCAAUAUUUGUGGUCUUUUACUCAGAGUUGGCCUUCUAGUCAUCCUCUGUGGUCCUCAGUUUGCUAAGUUAUCAAACAUUAUCAAACCUGCUUUGUUUGUUUUGAGUUCCUCAUGUAUCUUUUUCUUGUAUUCGCGACAUAUAUAUGUUAACUUUUCUGUCUGGGUCUUGUGCUUUAACUGCUACUGCUGGUUGCAUUAUGUGAACCCUGUUUUUGUUUUUGCUACCGUCAUUUGCACUGCACAAACGUUUUUGAAUGCUUUAGAAUACAGUUUGAGAGUUUUAUAUCAAGAGGAGUGUUUUUUGCCAUAGCAUUUGUAUAAGUGGAAUUGAUUCCAUGGAAGUGACCUUUUAACUCAUUCGUUGCUGUGAGCAGACAGCAAUGAUCUUAUGAUAGCAGCGGUGACGACCGUGUCCAUGGAAGUUAGCUUUCCUAUCAUAAUUUUCACAGCAAUAAAUCCGCCCAGUAUAACUCGUUUCAUGAAUUUCCCAGGUUAUAUAUCGUUUGUGCUGCAUCAGUUGACUGCUUACGGAUGUAUGUACAGUCCAGGUCAUGAUGACAGAAAACACUCACUUGGUAUGUUGACUAGUUAACACAUAUGCUGCGAGUUUAAAGGGGUACUGACACAAAAUUUCGCGGCCGAGAUAGCCUGCUGGAUCGAUUCCCGUGUACGUGCGUGUACCAUCUGCAAAAUAUCGGCAGCGAAUAAAGCUUGGAAGGUAUUUUAUAUGAAUUUUGAAGUUCGCGAGCGCGAUCCAGCAUUAUAGGCCGCACCUAGUGCAUUGACACCCUCGGAGGUGACCCGAGGUGACCCCCCUACUUCCCCUACGUAACCGUUGCAGCCGGUACAAGUUACGAUGACGUCGUAGCCGCCAUUUCUGUUUUGACGCGCUUCCCGACGAAUCGCUCCUCGCCAGCGGGUCAGAUGCAUGAAGUGAUUCGCCACGUCGAAAAUUCCUUCGAUCCCCGCCGCAAGAAAAUCGUCGCCAUCAGACGACGAUGAGCCCGACGACGACAGACCGCGCGGAAAUGCGUCACUGUUCUGUGUGCUCACGUGACCGAGCGUUUCACUCGCUAGGUGGUGAUAGUUGCACCCGGCGGCUUGCCGUUUUUGGAGCUCUGUCAAACCGAAACUGAGGCUGUGUCGGUAAUGAGGAACUUGUAAUUAAUUAUCUGUCGCGCGCUGCAGCAAACGAUGUGCCGUGUUAUGACUAACAGGCCCCCAGCAACACAUUGCAGCAAAAAAACGCGGGGCGAAAAUUUUUGUGUCAGGACUCCUUUAAGCAAAUGCUGGUGACAGUUGUUAUUUAGACGUUGAUUUAUAGAACAAACUGUAAUUUGUUUCAUUGAGCCCAAAAUGAAGGGAAACCAUCGUAGACGUUGACUCCUUUUAAGCUGACGAUGAAGAAACAUUACGUAUUUAUCUAUGUUGCCAGAUAACAAAUGUAUGUUGAACGUACGACAGUCUGAAAGGUCCUUAACAAACUGAGCCUGUUGAACAAUAGAACCUAACAUAGGACAGGGUUUUUGACGUGCUUCGGAACACUGGAAUGUGCCGUAUAGUUGUACCUUUGACGCUUUGUUCAACUUGUGUGCUACGACGUGCCAAUAACUGUGGCAUUUGCGGUUUGCAUUUGCGUCAACACGUGCCACCAUAGUCGCCAAAUGUUGUUACCCGUUUCAAUGCCCGAAACGUCCCGACGUUGCCAAAAUGGUGAAACGACUUCGAAUUUUGCACUAUGCACGACUUCUGGUAGCAGAAUGAUGAAAUUAGCGAAAGCCCACAUUUUCUCGUCCACCAUGUUACUGUGUACGUGUGUUAUUUUUGCACACAGUUGUUUCCUUUAUUUAGGCUUACCUGAAGGUGCCCAAUGUUAUUAGUUAUAGUUAGCAGUGUUAGGAGAGCUGUAGAAAGAAAAACUAGUAAACUGUGUACAAAAGACAGCCUUCAUAUACUUACACACUCCAUUGUGGUAGUACCGCCUAGCCAGUAGCUAAACGCACGUUUGUUUUGGUCGGCCCUGCACGAUAUAAAAUUAGGUUAUCUUAUCAGCCGUUUUGCACAGGGGUAGAAGGGCACAGCUCCUAAUUAUUCGGAAAUGUAUCGUUUAUAUCUAUUGUAGUGAAUGUGCCGAAGGAUCUCCAUUUAGACACAUACCGUACUGCCAAGAAUCGUUGCCAAAACAAAACCUUGCAAUAUUGCAUUUAUAGAGAUGGUUAUGUAUUCACUUUGGUAGUUUUAAAUACACAGAGUGCAGUUUUCCCAGAAGUCACAAGAUCUCCGUCAAACAAACGUGGUCAUUCCCCGCCCCGCCCAACACAGGCCUGUUUGAUGCGGGACGCUAUCGUUCCUGCAAUCUGUGAUAACUGAAAGCUAUUCCAACGUUAAACGGAAACACAGAACAAGUGUUUUUUGUCGGAUUUAGGAGGCAUCUGUUUAGGUACUUAUUGAAGGUUUUUUGUGUGUUUGUUACGUUUGUGGCAUUGUUAUUAUUCUGGCAUUCAUGUGACACACAUGGUGCGGAGGUUUAAUAAAUAGCUUU